CUUUAUAUCUAAUGCUGCCUUUCACUCCCGAGAGAUCACUCCCUCCUAGUCCAUCUCUAUCACCAGCGAUCGUAACACCUGCAAAUGCAACAACCCAUCACUUACACUCUAAUGAUAAUAAUCCAAUGGCAGUUGAUAUUAUCGAAUUAACAAAAUUAUUAAAUCAGGUCAAGAAGAACCGUCGUGAAUCUUUUCCUUUUUUACCUUCUCCGCCUUCAAGUAGAUCAUCAUCCACUUCUUUACGGCAAGAGAAUGAUGACAAUAGUAAACAAUUACCCUCACAGUUUAUAUUCAAGAAACCAUACUAUAAUCAAUAUUACCAUCAAACCCAUUUUCAUCACUCAAUAUGUAACACUAAAGAUCUGGCAUGGAUAGAUGUCAUUAAAAUGUUUAUUGCUGAAGAGGAACAAUACAAGGACAACCUGUUUGCGAAUCAAUUUAAACAAAAUAUUCAAGGCAGAUAUGGCAAAUGGGAUCGAUUUAUCGGGAAAGGAGCUGGUGGCACUGUAAGACUGAUCCAAAGAAAUAAGACAUUUUAUGCAGUAAAGCAAUUUCGUAAGAAAUAUGCACAUGAAACUGAGAAAGAGUACAUCAAGAAGUUAACAGCAGAGUUUUGUAUUGGGUCGACCUUACAUCAUCCAAAUAUCAUCCAGACCUUGGAUAUGAUUCAGCAAAACGAUCAUUUCUAUGAGAUAAUGGAGUAUGCCCCUAAUGAUUUGUUCAAUAUCGUUAUGAGCGGAAUGAUGUCUACUUUGGAAAUCGCCUGUUGCUGGAAACAGUUGCUGAAUGGUCUUUUCUAUUUACACUCGAUGGGAAUAGCUCAUAGGGAUAUUAAGCUCGAUAACCUUGUAUUAGAUCAUAUGGGAAUACUCAAAAUCAUUGACUUUGGAUGCUCUACUGUAUUUAAAUAUCCUUUUGAGAAAACGAUGACUUUGACUAAAGGUGUAUUUGGCUCCGACCCUUACAUUGCUCCUGAACAAUAUACACACACCGCUUACGAUCCCAGACUGUCUGAUAUUUGGUCAUGCGGAAUCAUUUUUGUUUGCAUGACAAUACGUCGCUUUCCUUGGCGCCUGCCUCGUCUAUCAGAUCCUGCAUUCAAAUCAUUCGCAACCAACCAUAACCAACAGAAAUUUAGACUUCUCAACUUGUUACCAAAAGAAUCUCGUUCUGUUAUGACAAGUAUAUUGGAAGUAGAUCCAUCCCGUCGAUACUCAUUAGACACUAUUCUGAAUGACAAAUGGGUGAAGCAAAUCGAUAUCUGUACUACUGACCAGCCUGGUGCUUGCCAUGUUCAUCAUGUUUCCGUUGUCAAUCAUGUUUAUCAGCGAGGUAACCUUGUCGCGAUUACUCCUGAACCUCCUGGAUUACUCGCAGAGAAGCAAAAACGCUCUUCAAAAAAAUAGUUUCCUUGUAUUAUAUUUUCUCUUUUUAAAAUAAAAUAAUAAGUAUCAUUUAUAUUUUUGUAUAUAAAAGAGAAAAGGCUCAUUUUGGUUAUUUGGUUACUUUUUCAACGCAUCGUCGUCUUGAACAUCCUUCCCCCCUAAAGUAACCAAAAAUCCAUCGACUUGCCCCCCUUUUUUCUCUCUUCUUUUCUCUUUUUAUAUAUACUUGGCAUUAUGGCAACUAUCGAAACAGCCUAUUAUGUACCAACAUUCUUGGGUUUAUCAACCACAUUUGGAAUAUCCUGCGCUAUUUCAGCAUCAUGCAUCAUAGCAUUUGAAGUCUAUAAGAGAUUUGAAUCUAUGCAAUGUCUAUUCGCUCCUAAAUCCCAUUUAUUCAA